AUGGCUGCUUCUAACAUGUCUGUCUUCUCUAAUGACCUAAGCUAUGGCAGCCAUUUCUGCCUGCCCGGGUCCUGUGAAUCUUGCACCGACUCCUCCUGGGAGGUGGACAACUGCCCAGAAAGCUGCUGCGAGCCACCCUGCUGUGCCCCCACCUGCUGCCAGUCCACCUGCUGUGCUGCCACCUGCUGCGCCCCAGCCUCCUGCCAGACCCUCAUCUGCACCCCCGUGAGCUGUGUGUCUAGCCCCUGCUGCCAGGCAACCUGUGGGUCCACCUCCUGCCAAUCAGUCUGCACUAGCUCCUGUGAGCCUUCCUGCUGCCAGCAGUCUAGCUGCCAGCAGUCUAGCUGCCAGCCUGCAUGCUGCACACUCUCCCCCUGCCAGCAGCCCGUGUGCUGCAAGCCCAUGUGCUGCAAGCCUGUCUGCUGUACGCCUGUCUGCUGCAAGCCCGUGUGCUGUGUGCCUGUCUGCUGUGGGGCCAGCCCCUGCCCUGCCCCCUCAUGCUGCCAGCCCUCUACCUGUACAACCUCCUGCUGUAAACCCUCCUCUUGUGUGUCCCUCAUCUGCCAACCUGUGUGCAAGCCUGCCUGCUGUGUGUCCUCCUCCUCCUGCUGUGCCCCUGCCUCCUCUAAUGUGUCCCUGCUCUGCUGCCCCUUGUGCAAGCCUGCCUGCUGUGGCUCUUCCUAG